AUGAUACCUCGCUCUGAUGAUGUUCGUCACAUGACAGACGAAAUCUUAGCUCCCUUUCACCGGAAUCGAAGGAGAUUGCCUCGGAAACAGCGUCAGCAUGAAUGCUCCAGUAAAGCAAAUCGACAGCUGGUCAAGAGGAAUCCGCCGUCAUCUUCUGGUGGAACCGACCUUCGAAUCUCUUCCCCCCCAACACUUUCACUCGAAAUGGAGGUGAGCUGA